GUUUGCUAGGACGCGGUGCACUGCAAAGGGCAUCUGGCUCCGCUGGACAGUUUCAAAUCCUGGUCAGAGAACUAUCGAACAACCACGGCUGGUUCCUUCUUGAUUGGAAAGGUGUAUCGGAUAUGUAUUGCCACAGAGGUGAUUACUCAUCGCUGUGGCAAGAUCAACCAUCGAGCACAGAUGGAGACCCUACGUAAAGGUGGCUUGCUUGUAUGGUUUUUUGCUGCGAGGUCAUGACCUCGAGCAUCAAGGCGGAUGAUGCGCGAGGGAUCCCUACCAAUGCUGUUGAACAGGCCAUGCCUGUGCGCUUCGGUGGCGCAUCGAAGGUAUACGUGUGCCUGGACAUAAUAAUAAAGCGGCUCGGCGCUGUGCAAGGACCCGACAUUCAAUCGACGAUGGCGUACCUCUUCAAUCGAACGAUGAGGUCAAAGAUCUGUUGCUUGGAUUCAUACUGUCUAGGCGGAAAAUCGGUCGACCAUUCGUUCAAGAUGUCAUACGCUGUUGGUGCUAAUGAACUUACUCGGCAUCUCGGUCCGGAGUUCAAAGGUGCCGAGCUGCCAUCCUCUUUCUUCCCCAACGUACCACGCGUACAACGCUUCCUCAAGCCCGCUGGAAGCUCCCCCAAAUUACUUGUUGAGGUUCGAGCGCAAAAUUAUCGCGGUGAUCAUGUCUUGAAUUACCAACUCCCUGUAUUGGUUUCAUGCGACUCUCCAUACUCGAAUAUAGCGUAUGGAUGGCUGGGUUUGAGCGGUUGUCCGACUUGCGCAUCCGCGUUGUUCAUCCCUCUCUCUUCAAAUGUGCUGCAUGAAAGCCGCAAUAUCCCUUCGACGAAAGCUGCGUGUCCAUACCCUGUCUACGCUCCUCCUAUCUUUGCUUCCCGCUGGGUUAAGGUAGCCGUGGAUAGGAUUGUUAGAUUUACACAGCGAAUUCGUUUCCAUGUCGGAAAAAAUACAGUUGCGUAUACGUGCACCACACAGCCGCAGUUCAAGGUUUUGUUCCACGAGUUUCAUGUUCUUGUCCCGUUACCCGCAGGGUACCAAUACGCAUCGUUAUCUGACCUCGGUGAAUUUAUCACGGGCCUCUCGAGGUACGUCGUCAAUGUUCGGGAUCACAGGAAGGGCCGGCUCGUAGAUGUGCCCCAACUUGAUGGGGAUGUGGAAAGAAGUGUCCUCGAAAAUCGAUAAUCGCCGACCACCUCCAUAUAACCGUUAUUGUAGAUGCUCUAUUGUAGGUGGUGCUUCGCCAAUUGGUUGAGGGUCAAGCGACUGAGAUCACGAAGGACUCAUAAUCUAUGUGAGCCUUAUGAUUAGCUGGACAUUAACGUACGAAACGUUGGCAGCUGACCAAUAGUAAGGCGAGGUUCUACUCCACCCAAAUGUGGCUUUCU